AUGUCCGUUUUGAAAUAUUUCCCUUGUGAGGCUGAAUGGGGAAAAUGGUGGCAAAGUUUGGAAGAAGUACACAUUGAAGUUCGUGUGCCUAAAGGAACUAAGUCUAGAGAUGUCAAAGUUGAAGCUUCUAAUAGUCAAAUUACGUUUAAAGGAGCGGAAUUACUUUGGAGUUUGGAAGAUGGAGGCUCUUUACUUGACAUAGUAUUAGUGAAAUUAAAUUAUGUUGGAGGUGAAGAACCAUGGCCUUCUUUAAUGGAUGAUUCUAGGUAUAAAGUUGAACAAAAUGCUUAUGAAGAAAUGAAAAAGAGUGCUGAACUUGAAAAGCUAAAACAGCAGACUAAUGCUAUCCAGGUUUUUUUAAUUAAGUAG